AAGUCAUCGUUGCGGAGGCUAGGGCAUUGCCCGAUGACUUGGAGGCGUUCAUCCGCUUUCUUGUCCCAUACCUUCAUCAUGUUGCAUCGCUUGCGAGGCUAUGCAGUGAUUCUCUGACUGGCCCUGCAUCUAGGUCGCGAUCUCUCGAUGAAUCUUUUUUGUCUCGUUAUUUGGUCCUCUUGGAUGAUCUUCACUGCCUUUUCAAAGUUGUCGAUAACUCUCUUCAAGCACAAAUAUCGUUCCCCACCGUUCCGUUCAAUCCAGGCGAAAUUACCGUUUCCCGCUUUGUCCUCAAACAUGCCUGGGCCUCCCUCACACUACCCCCGUAUGUUGACAUGCAACGAAGGGUAUCACUCCUCGAUAGCGAAGAUGUGACCGAGAAUUCACAACAUCAAAGGAAGAAAGAGCGAUACUGUCUACUAUUGGGCCAGACUCGGCGUACUGCACUGAGAGGCGCAAAGAUGAUGUCGGAAUGCGUACGGGAUGCACCUUCGAUAGGAUUCCUAUCCCACCUCAUGCCAACAAAUUUUGAAUCGUGGGCGGACAUUGUGGCAGAAUCACUGGCGCAUGAGAAUGAGGUAGGUGGAGACACAAGAUUAGAGAGAGUGCAAGUAUUGAAGUGUUUGCUUGAUGGUAUCAAAAAGGUUGGAUGGUCUUGGCCCGGAGAUACAUCAAAGAUAGAUGCUCUGCAGAAAUCAUUGCAUAAUUGGCAAUCGUGCCUCCCAACCUACUUACACCUAGGAAAUAUUCCUUACUACCCAUAUGGAGAAUAUUUUCCGGUGGACACUACUCCUUUUGGCUUCGACCCUCCAGAAAUAUCCUUCCGGGACCCGUCGAUUUGGGAGUCGAUUUGACUGCUUCAGGAGUUCAGAUAUUUAUGGUUAGAGGUCAGUCGAUAUCAAUGUACUCCUUCGAUAUAUGCAGCCCUCGGAUAAUAACCGGACUGUCUGCGAGGAACGUCGUAGUUCCCUGAUUUCUCCCGUGCCUAAGAUCGUGUUGGCAACGGGACUACCGUUUGGUCGCAGCUUGUUGGCACGUAGAUUGUCAGGUCUCUCACACAUUAUAUCAAAUGCAAUACGACAUAUCGUUCCCAACCU